AUGUACAUCUCCGCCCUCGUUUCUCUGAUCGCGCUGGCGCCCUCAGCCAUACAGGUCUCAGCGCGGCCUGCCAGGAGGUCCUGCGGUUCCAACGCCGGCGCUGCGAAAGUCGCCAACGGAAAGGCCGUCUACGUGCUGAGCAACCAGGCAGACAACGCCGUGGUUGCCGUGCCAAUCGCCCAGGACGGGACACUCGACGAGGCCGGCGGCUCGUCAACGAGCACAGGUGGUGCGGGCGCAGCUGGCAUCGACGGCUCGACGAACGCGCCCUCGAACCCGGAUGCGCUGUUCAGCCAGUCUGCCCUGACUGUGGCGGGCAACAACCUGUUCGCAGUCAAUGCCGGCUCCAACACCCUCACCAUGUUCGCCAUCGACGCCCAGGACCCGGCCAGGCUCACCAUGGUGGGCCAGCCCGCCCAGCUGCCGGGCGAGUUCCCCGGCGACCCGGCCAGGAACAACACGGGCUUCCUGGCCUCGUUCCCCGUAACCGCCGCCUGCGGGGCCCAGGCGGCGUCCGUCGCCGCGCGGGGCGAGCAGUCCUCGCCCGAGGGGACGGCGGUGCUGUUCGGCUCGGCGGCCAUCCCGGGGUCGUCGGACCUCUUCGUGACGGACGCCUCGUUCGGCGCCGCCGUGCUGAGCACGCAGGCACAGGCAGCAGCAGGAGGAGGCAACGGGUCCGCGGAGGCGCAGGGGCAGGGGCAGGCUCGCCGCAGGCAGGCCUCGGGCGCCCAGGUCGUCGGGAAGGGGGUCGUGGACGGCCAGAAGGCCACGUGCUGGGCGGCCAUCAGCCCCGCCACCAACACGGCCUUUGUCACGGACGUCGGGGUCAACGGGCUCGUCGAGAUGUCCCUGGCGGACGCCGCCAUCCUGUCGCAGACGGACCUCAGCGCCAACGGGGACCCGGGCCUGAUCGACCUGCGGGCCGCGGGCGGCAUGGUCUACGCGCUGAGCCCGGGCAACGGCACGACGAAUGCUGCCGUGACUGUCGUGGAUGCGGCGUCCAAGGUGCAGAUGCAGCAUCUUGACAUGGCGGCGCUUGGGCUGGAUGGGAAUGCGAUGGGGGUGGCUGUUUUGGAGUGA